CGGACAAUCGUCUUCUCUCAGUCUUGCCUUCCUCCCAAUUCACUACUAUUCCACACAGAGCACCGGCACCAGCACCGGCGAUGGCUUUGGCGAUGAAGCGUGCCGCCGCCACUGCAGUUCGUGCUAUUUCCUCUGCUAAUUCCGCUUCGAUUCUCACCAGACAGCUUCAUGCUUCUGCUGAGAAGAAGAAGAUUGUAGGUGUUUUCUACAAGGCACAUGAGUAUGCUGAGAUGAACCCCAACUUUUUGGGUUGUGCAGAGAAUGCGUUGGGCAUUCGCAACUGGUUGGAAUCACAAGGCCACGAGUACAUUGUCACCGAUGACAAAGAGGGACCAGAUUGCGAACUAGAAAAGCAUAUAUCUGAUAUGCAUGUCCUUAUAACCACCCCAUUCCAUCCGGCCUAUGUUACUGCUGAAAGGAUUAAAAAGGCAAAGAAUUUGCAACUGUUGCUUACCGCUGGGAUUGGAUCGGAUCAUGUUGAUCUCCAGGCUGCUGCUGCUGCUGGGCUAACUGUAGCAGAGGUUACUGGAAGCAAUGUUGUUUCUGUAGCAGAAGACGAACUUAUGAGGAUCCUCAUUCUUGUUCGUAAUUUCUUGCCUGGACACCAUCAGGUUAUUAGUGGGGAUUGGAAUGUUGCAGGUAUUGCUUACAGAGCUUAUGAUCUUGAAGGGAAAACUGUAGGAACAGUUGGUUGUGGACGUAUUGGUAGGCUUUUACUUCAAAGGUUGAAGCCUUUUGGCUGUAAUCUUCUCUAUCAUGAUCGUAUUAAGAUGGACCAAGAAUUGGAGAAUCAAAUUGGUGCCAAGUUUGAGGAAGAUCUUGAUAAGAUGCUUCCUAAAUGUGACAUAAUUGUCAUCAAUACACCUUUAACAGAGAAAACUAAAGGAAUGUUUGACAAAGAAAGGAUUGCUAAAUUGAAGAAGGGGGUUCUGAUUGUUAACAAUGCUCGAGGGGCUAUCAUGGAUACACAAGCUGUUGUUGAUGGCUGCUCUAGUGGACACAUUGGAGGGUAUAGUGGAGAUGUUUGGUAUCCUCAACCAGCUCCAAAAGAUCAUCCAUGGAGGUACAUGCCAAAUCAAGCAAUGACCCCUCACAUAUCUGGAACCACCAUUGAUGCACAGUUGCGAUAUGCAGCUGGAGUGAAGGAUAUGUUGGAGAAUUAUUUCAAGGGAGAAGACUUCCCUGCCCAACAUUAUAUUGUGAAGGAAGGUGAACUAGCAAGCCAGUACCGGUAAAUCUGUGGUAGCAACAGGUCUUUGUUCCAAUGGGGUCGACUGCUGUGCUAAAUGCAUGCUUCUUAAUAAGUUAAGUUGAGCUCCUAAAAGUGUAAUUUACCACCUUGUAAUAGUAAGGUGUAGUUAUGGCAUCAAUGAAUUUGAAUCUUUUUUUCUUUAAUGGUCUACCUUACAAUUAUGCGGUUGUGAGAAUCAGACCACUGUUGAGCAUGAAACAUGUAAGAACAAGGGAAGGAGUAACCAAUCUCAACAGAUCUCUGAUCACAUUACUGG